AUGAGACGUCCCUCCCCCGGCCUAUUUGUGCGCCACUCAUGGGUCUGCACUGGGUGCAGAGCCAGAGCCAGCUACUCCUCUGCCGCGAAUCUCAGCAAAUCCAAGAACCUCCCGCAGACGCCCGCCAGGACUCGUUUUGCGCCGUCGCCUACGGGAUAUCUUCAUCUGGGUUCUCUGCGGACUGCGUUGUUCAACUACCUUCUUGCGAAACGGACCGGGGGACAGUUUCUGCUGCGGAUUGAGGAUACGGAUCAGAAACGGACGGUUCCCGAUGCCGAACAGCGGUUAUAUGAGGAUUUACAGUGGGCUGGGUUGAAUUGGGAUGAGGGUCCGACGGUUGGAGGUCCCUAUGGUCCUUAUAGACAGUCUGAACGAACCGCUAUUUACCGUACCCGCGCCCACGACCUAGUCUCCAACGGCCAUGCCUACCGCUGCUUCUGCACCUCAGAACGACUCGACUCCCUCGCCAGACACCGCAACGCUGCUGGUCUAUCCGCAGGAUACGAUAGACAAUGCGCUGACAUCUCUCCAGCUGAAUCCGAAGAGCGAGCGCACAAGGGCGAGACACAUGUGGUUCGAUUGCGGGCAAAUGAUUACCCCAUGUUCAACGACCUAGUCUACGGCAAGACAGGACAGAACCGCCCAAAGAGCAAAUUGAAUAUGAUCGAGCGUGUCUGGGAUGACCCGAUCUUGGUCAAGUCUGAUGGACACCCGACGUAUCACCUUGCGAAUGUGGUGGAUGACCACCUUAUGGACAUUACCCAUGUCAUCCGCGGCACGGAAUGGAUGCCCUCUACGCCUAUGCACGUCGCGCUGUACAAUGCCUUCAACUGGACGCCUCCGAGCUUUGGCCACGUUCCUCUACUAGUCGACAAGGCUGGACAAAAACUCAGCAAGCGGAAUGCCGAUAUCGACCUGUCAUCUUUCAAAGACAAGCAGGGCCUCUUCCCAGAGACGCUGGUCAACUUUGCUGCGCUCCUGGGCUGGUCUCAUACCGAGAAGUCGGACAUCUUUAACCUUGAAGAAUUGGAGCAAAUCUUCAACCUAAAAAUCACCCGCGGCAACACCACCGUCGCCUUCGAGAAACUCUGGUUCCUCCAAAAAGCACACGCCCAACGAGCCGCCGCAAGCAACAACCUUGCUUUCCAAGACAUGAUAACCCGCCUCUCCAACCUCGUCCAAGAGACCAUACCUACCGCCCAAUUAAAACCAAUCCUCCAAUCCCGCAAUAUUCCCGACUACAUAAUCCCGAUCCUCCACGCCGACGCAAAAUCCUACACCACAGCCCCUGAAUUCCUACAACGCAACGCAACAUUCUUCACAACAACUCUAACCAGACAACCCUACAUCCCAACGCCCGCCAACGAAAAAGAACCAAUCCCAAUGAACGCUCUGCAUACCGCUGCCGCAGCGUUAUCCCUCGUCCCAGACUCGCACUGGACAGUCGACACGCACCGCGCGAAUAUCUCUUCAUAUGAUGGGUGUAAUGCUGUCCCUGCCCCUCCAAACAAAGAACAGCCGCAACCCAAGGAUGCUGAGAAAGCACGCGUUGCAGCCGAUAAGCGUUUCAAGAAGGAAUUGUAUCAUUACCUGCGGUGGGCGCUUUCGGGUGGUGCCCCUGGGCCGGGGAUUCCGGAGACGAUGGCGAUUUUGGGCCGUCAGGAGUCUGUGAAGAGGUUAGAUGAGGGGAGGAAAUUGACUAUGAAGUUAGCGGAGGGAGAAGGGGUUGAAAAGGGCGAAGGUUCUGAUGGAAAUAAUCAGGAUAAGGCGUGGAUGGGGUCUCUUGCGCCGAGGUAA